GACCCCGGAGCUCCCCCUGCCCAAAGGAUCGAGGAACGCAAGGCAGUUCGACAGCCACGACUUGGACCGCCUGAUGCGCGAAGGCGAUCCUGAUGACAUCGAGGAGAUGUUUGGGCUGGAUCUGGACCGCCUAUACAGCGGAAACGAUGAGAUCAUUGAUCAGCUUGACCAGGAACAACUCCUGGACCUGGAAGCUUUUUACAGGCUUGCGCGCAAGAGUGGGCUGAGGCUGCGAUGCCUCUCUUGCUGCUCUGGCCUUCGCCCGGCGUGCGUGGUCUGGGACCUCACUGGCCAAAUGCAUAUUGUGGGCCACUACUGA